AUGCACAUCGUCUGCGCUGUCUGUGAGGACCGACUUCGCGACAGCGACGAGUCCUCGUGGGUGUUUAGGUCGGCUUGCGGUCAUUUAAUCUGUCGCUCGUGUCUGGAGUCCCUCGACAACGCCAACGGUCACCAGCAGGUAUUGGUAUGCGAAGACUGCAGCGCUGCAAUUUCCAAGCAGGACUGCCGUAGAAUCUAUCUCAAUCCGUGGUUGGUUGCAGACGCGUCGGACAACGAGAUCAACGGCGCUAUUGACAGGGAUGCCAAUGUUUCCAUGACAUUGAAAGGCAUUGUGGCCUCGCGACAUCGGCUGCAGCUCUGCGAGAGCAAGCAUCAGCUAGUGAAGCAAGAGCUGGACGAUAACGUCGAGCUAUCCACCGCGCUUCAAUCCCAACUCGCGAAUUUGGUCCAGACACGCUUGGCCAUUGCCACAAGGCUACUAAGCCUUUCCACGAAGCGGGACGGUCUUCGUGCAGAGCGUGUUGAGCUGCAGGAACGGCAGCAUGGCACGGCUCCGGGGUGA